GAUGUAAAGAGAUUCGUGGAUAGCAGCUGUCUCUUUUUCCAAUCCAGUCUAAUUUUGCUAUUUCUUGAAAAAGUGUUUUAGUCGAGGGCCAGUCCUGGUUUAUAAUUUCAUAAUCUGUCUACAUCACUCAGUGACUGGUGAGGCUUGAACCCGAAAUGUUCGGCUGCAUACUGGCCAUGCUAUAGUAAUUGGAUCAUGAUAUUAUCAUCUAGUUACAAUAAAGCUUCUAUUAACUUACACUGUCUGUCUGUUUGAUAUAUAAAAAAAUUGCUGUAAUUGUGGGUUUCUUCCCCAGUAAUUGGAUCUCUGCAAAGUGGCAACUCAAAUUUAUUUAGAUCUUCGUUGACGUGAAAGUGGCCAGGAUCCCUCACCCCCCCCAAAUAUUUUAUGUGUGGACGUCAUAACUGGAUAACCUCUUGAACAUAAUUAAAGCCAACUUAUUGCAUAUAUACGUCUUCACCAGUAUAUAGCCAUGAAAUUUCUUAGUGUACUUUGGACAAGACAGAAACGGCUAGCGUCCACUUGUCAGAUAUUUCUUCUCUUGUUCAACUUUGGGGCUAUUGUUUACUUCAUCGUUGCCUAUGCCAGCCCACGUGACGUCAUAGCCAUGAACAUCAAUCAAAAUUUGGAUCUACACACCAAUCAAACGCGAAAGACAACGACCAGAUCAAUAUUUAUAACGGACACAUUUAAUGACACAGUUGCUAAGACCCUAAAAGAGAAAGUUCGGGUUUUAAUCUGGGUCAUGACAUCACCAAGUACUCUCGACACCAGAGCCAAAGCUGUCAAUGACACAUGGGGCCCCAGAUGUAACAAGCUUUUAUUUUUCAGUUCGAAAGCAGAUUCGUCUUUCCCAGUCAUUGGACUGAACGUGUCAGAAGGACGAAGUCAUCUGACUGCUAAGUCUUCACAAGCCUGGAUGUAUAUCUACAAGAACCAUUUCAAUGAUGCCGAUUGGUUUAUGAAGGUUGAUGACGACUCGUAUGUGGUACUAGAAAAUCUUCGAUACUUCUUGUCUGACAAAAACUUCAGUGAAACGCAUUACUUUGGGCAUACCUUUAAGAGAGAAAACCUCACAUUCUACAGCGGAGGUUCUGGCUACGUGAUGAGUAAAGAGUCCCUGAGAGUGUUAAACGAAGUGGGCUAUGCCAAGAAACUCUGUGACGAGGAUGGCGAGUUUGAAGAUCUUAGAAUGUCGAAGUGUAUGAAACUGAUGGGCGUGCCUACAGUCAAUACAGUGGAUGACCAGGGACGAAACAGAUUCAACUGUCUCGCCAUGUACGCUCAUUUGGUUGGACUCUAUCCCCCCUGGUAUUAUGAGCUGGAUAUCAACGGAGCCAAGAAGGGUAAAGACAGCAUCAGCAACUACGCCAUCAGCUUCCACUACAACCAUCAUCAAGAGAUGUACAUCAUAGAUUUUGUACUUUAUAAUCUACAAACUUACGGGAUAACCCGGCACUAAAAAAAGUAACAAAAACUAAACCGACAACUACAAGAAUAUUUUUUCCAUCUCAAAUCGGAGAGUACAAAAUUACUGAAUAUAUUAACUUGUAACGUAACGGGAUUUCCCAUUUCGGGACUUCUAAAAAAUGGGAACCUUAUCGUUUGAAUUGUAAACAGAAAUACAGGAAAUUAUGUGUUUUCAUGUCUAGAGAUCUAAGUGAUAGUCACAGGCCUAUAUAUAUAUAUUUAUAGUUUUCAUAGGGACAAAGUCAGGGUUUUUACUAGUGUCUCAUUUUUCAAGAUACUUGAAGAUCAUAAAUGAUUACAAUGAUGUCAUAAGAAAACUUCGACUAUUUUCAUACGGUCUAUUGCUUAUGGUGCCGUAUGUCUAUAAUUAGCUUGAAAUUGUUAUCAGAGAAAUGUGCGCAUUACAAAUGGGUGAGGUAUACAUGCAUAAGAUAUCGUGAAAAGAGAGGAUUAAGUUACUGUAGAUUGAAACACUGAAUGACAAACAAUUAUUUGGAAUGUCAGGACACUGUGGCUAUACAGGCAACCAAAGUUCUUUCUCAUAUUCAAAAACGAAAAAUUCCCAGCCCCAUCUUUUCAUUUUGGCAGUCUUUCAUAAUUUAUUGUUUCCCUCCCCCCCCCCCCCCCCC